AUGCCUUACACCAUCGCGGCUUUCGUUACCCGCAAGCCCACGUUGUCGCCUACAGACUUCCAAGCAGCUUACGAGAACCACGUGCCUUUCCUCCGUGAUACAGUUGGGUCAGGUGCUCCCGAGACCUUCACCCGCCAAUACGUUCGCCGCGCCAAAGCCGACCCCAAAGGCCUCAAGCCCGUCUCUUUCACCGACAGCCAAGAGGUUUUCAACCACGAUCUCAUUGCAUACAUGACAUUCAGGGAUGAGGAGCACGCGCAGGUCUUCCAGCAGGCGUAUGAAGAAAACAAGCAGGCAAUCGGCGAGAAGGUCGCUGAGUUCGCGGAGCUGAGCCAGUUCCAGGUCAUCGCCUUCCAUGAUGCCAUUAGCGAUUAG